GAGGAGGAGGAGUCUGAGCUUCGUCACAGGGCACGAGCAGCACUCAGCUGAUGGGAGGGUCGCAGCUCGCAGACCGGAGACAGGAUCCAUGGCAACAAUCAUGGCAGGUGGGAGCAGUAGUAAAACGCUUAGAGACAGUAUUUCUAAAUGAAUGUUGUUUUUUUCUUGUGAGAAUUGCUCGUAGGUGAAGUUGUAACUCUCUCUUAAACAUGCUGCUUGGACUGUUUUUUGUUUUUUUUUCUGUGUUUAGAGGCAGAGACCCGUCAGAGGCUGCUGCGCACAGUCAAGAAGGAGGUGGGUGUUUUUCUUUUUUUUUUUUUACAGCUCGCUCGGCAGUUAUCGAGUGAAGAAAAACAAACACAUUGGACAGUAAAAAGCUAUGUAGUUCAAACAGGCUUCUCAGGUAGUCCCUAACACACACUGGUUCUGUACAGAAGUGUUAAGUCUUGGUGAUGUCUCCCAGGUAAACAGACUGAAUGCAGUGAUAAAACAAAAACACCUUUCACACGAAUAGCUUUUUUUAUUUUAAGUUGGCUAAAGGAAAGUUGAUUGUUUUGACCUGCAUUAAUUUUAUUCAGUGAUCCUUGAGUGGUGGUCGUGCUGCAGCUCUGGAAUAAUUGGGGUGGAGAAGCAGCACUCAGGAAAUAUGCUGUCUCUAGUCAGUGUUUGUGGUGUUUAUGGCAGAGCAAACCAUCAGCCUUCUGUCAAGCCAUUUGCUGCUUUUUGGUACACAUGAACUCAUUGUGUGUGUGUGUGCGCGUGCAACUAAGUGAUGGAUUAUAUGGCGUUGAAUGGAAACAAAUAUGGAAGCAGCUCAGGUGGUUUGUACAGCUGGUCUAAUGCACUUUCUGUCACUCAUCAUGAUUCGAGGUUACUGUGAAAUUAACAUGAGUGGUCAGAGACAGUUAUCUGGAUGAAGGCCUGACUACUAUUCUGUGGGCAAUCUACUCAAAGGCCCAACUACAGGUUAUGAAAAUGAAAUGAAAAGCUUCAGUCUGAAACUGGUUGAGAUUGUGGGAAAUGGUAACAAUUUGGUUUUGAUACUUUGUUUAACCGUGAAUAAUCUACGCUUACUUGGUACUUCUUUAAUGAUAAUAGCUACCAGGUUAGAUUUGAACUUGCAGUUGUGAGGUGAGGCUUAAUUUUCACAUUGAUGGUCGUCCUUUAAUUUUCUAGAAGCUUGGUGUUGCCAGACCAGUUCACCUUGGCAAAAAAGCAUUUAAGAUGGCUGAUGGAUCUGGAUCUGCACACUGAUAUGGUUUUCACCUAAUGUGUUUUCAGUGUCUUACAGCAAUUCAUGCUUCGUGUUUGUCUUCUGUUCGUUUGUUUGUUAUGUCUGUUUCACAGAGUUUGUUGAGUGUGUUUUGUCAAAAUCACCAACAUCUCACUCAGCGUUUUACCACUGACAAACAUAACCCUACCCCGACUAUUAUUGGCUUUCUUUAACAGAAAGAAAACGGAAAAACAGAGCAACAUUGGUGAUUGCUUUUUAUGGAGAGAGAGUGUGAUUGAUUGACUUUUCCUAAUGAAGCAAAUCUUCGGCAAGAGGACUUUCUUAACCACCCUCUUUAAACAACUGAAGGACCAAAGUAAUCAUCCCAGAUUGUCAUAUAAAUGACAAGACUUUCUUUCUGCCAACAAAAAAACAAGAUAUGAAUCACACCCCGGGCGUUGUGAGGAGAGAAGUGCAGAGGCUUUGCUCUGGUUUGUUUUCCUCAGAGUCCUGUUUUCAGUCUUAUCAGUAGAGACCAGACCCUUCCCUGCUUCUUUUGUGCUGAUAAUGCCUCACUUCAAUUCAUUCACAGUGGUUGUUCCACGAAUACGACAAGAUGAAGUCUGUGAAUGAACCAACUGCACAGCAUGAUAGCUCUCUUAGGUCACAGAUGGUACCUAAUGAAAACAAGCUGAAAAGAUAAAUACUUUCAUUUGUCAGUUGUUUUCCUGAUGAGAGAUAAAUGUUGCUGUUUAUACUUACUCCCGUUAGUUUUUGAGGAUUAUUAAGUUUGGGUUUCACUUUGCGAUAUCCUGUGUCCUCACACUCUCCAUGUCUAGUUGUUGUUUUUUGACCCGCCUGCUGAAAUAUCCCUGGAUGUAGACCAUUAUCCAGAAAGCACUGGAUGUCUGUAACAUCCUGAAUUACCUUCUGACACAAAAUUGGUUUGAGUGAGAUCUCUAGUUUGCCUUAGCUUUGAUUCAGAGCCCCUCACAGCCUGCCUCUGUCUUUUUAUCUUGCUCAGAUCAGUCCUUUGAAAAAAGCUCCACCCUUUUGUCUUUUAGUACAUCACAUGUGCACGCAUACACAAAUACACACCUGUGUUUGCUGAAGGAGAGAGAGAGCUAGACGGUUAGAAAACAGGCCGAAGAGCUCUUUGCCUUCCUGUUUUGCCUUUUUUUUUUAGACUGAUUGCUUAUUUAGGAUAAGAUUUCAUACAGCAGAGUGAGAGACAACAGACGAGGUACACCAAAUCAACUGGGCUAGAAAGCCACAAAGAAGGCUUUAGUCUGAGAUGAAUGCAAAAAUAAUCUCAGUGAUCAAAACACAACCGGAGCCAACCACCAGGUUCGCUUAUUUUUUUACGCUGAAUAGAUUUUCUGAUUCCUGUUUACAAUAAAAUAAAUUAACAUACAAGGUUGAUUUGCACUUUAUGGAUGAUCUGCAAGGAAACUAUUAAAUAAAAUGAUGGUCACAGAUACUUAAAGAUACUAAAAAACUGAGUUUUUUUCACUUUUUAACCUUUAGAUAGAAAUGUAUUCAUACUUAGGUUAACCAUAGUAUACUGCAAGGAGUGGUCCCGCACUAAAAAUGCUUAAUAAACUGAGAAAUCCUGCAUAGGGACCAUGGGAUGCGAGUUGUUUUUACGUUCAAUCUUUUAAUUUAAUGUGCCUAAUUGCUUUAACAUCGCAGUAAAUUAAAGUUCAAUUGCUGUGUGCACGGAUUAAAAAGAUUAUUUCCCCAUUUUCCUGGUGUCGAGUUACCACAUUCAUCAGUUGCUACACAGGUGAUGAAUGAGGAAUGGUGGUUAUUCAUAGAUGGUGCUUUCUUUCUGGUUUUAAUUCCUCAGCUCGGCUGUUUAGGGAGUUAAUUGGAAUACUCUGAAGAUCUUUUAUCAUGCGAGCUGAUGCCUUCCAGCUACAGAGGCUAGUUAGAGCAGUAUGACUGGGCUUUUUAAGGAUAAUUAAUGGCUUGUCACAUCAUGCAUGUUGUUUUAUCUCCAAAUUCUCCUUAAAAUACUUCGAUUGUCUUUUUGUAAGAGGUAGGAGUGGUACAAGUGCAAAAGAUUUUCUCUUUAUUGACACCAUGUUAACACAGAGAACCAUGUCUUGUUAGAUAUGAUGUAAAAUUAUGAAGCAAACAUAGAUAAAGAUUCUCAUUGGCUACUGUAGUUGAGAACCCGCAGUCCUCUUUCUUAGUUUCAGAGAUGAAUGGAUGUUGUUGACGCAUCUCCUUAGGCGGAAGUGAUCUGCUGUGUGACACGUGCGGUCUCCAUAGAAACCUGCUGGUUGUCUUUGCUUAGACACUUCACCAUAUUAAAUUCCUUGCUGGCUUAAUCUGUAGCUCAGAUGAGAGAGAUGAGAAAAAAACACAAAGGGUCUGCAUCCUCAGGUUGGAAAAUCAGUUGGAUCUUUGUAUGUCAGGUGCACUCAGUGAAAAAAUCUGUCCUUACAAGUCGCCUAUAUUAUAUAUACUGUAUGUGUGUGUGUGUCUGUGUGUAUGGUUGGAUAUAGCUUUUAUAUAAGUGUGAUCAUGAGCAGAGCAAAUGCAUCAUAUCAGACUGGCACUGUCUGUGUUGUUUUGGCACCAUGAAUCAUGCCUGUAGACAACAAUGCAGCAGAAGCAAACAGACCAAAGUGUGCCUGAUGACUCCGUCUAUUUAGUGAAUGUUUUCAGAAACGCUCUCUGCGGUGGCACAGUUCUGGGCGCAUUUUCUUUUUUCAAGUGUUUUGCAGACCUUUGUUUUCUCUUAGCAAGUGAGAAAUUAGUCAUUUUUUGUUUCUCAUCUUGUUUCAGCAGCGAGGGGGCAAUCAGUACUCAAUGUGAAGAUUACAUUUUUAAAAAAAGUUGUUUUGUGUCUCACUGUGAAAUAUAAAAUCUCUAUUUCUGCUCCAGUCUUUUACCUGCUUCAUGUUGCUUUUUCAUAGGAAAAAUAAUAAAUCAGAAGGACAUAGGGGGUUACAUGCUUUCAGCAGUGUGUGUUUAUUUUCUCAGCUUUAGGUUUGCAAGGAUAAAAUGUAGGUGUUUAAUUUUUCGAAUUUUGAAAUGUUAUACUUAUUUAUUCAAAUUUUUUUUGUCUUGUGACUAUUGGAAGCUCUCAUUUCAGGUUUGUGGGAUGUGAAUGUUUAACAUGUAUUGUUAUUUAAUAUACCCUAGCUAUAGUUAUAAAGUGUAUACAUAGAACAGUUGUGUCAGCAUAAGAGGAGGGUAUGAAGCCUCUUCUCCUUGUCUGGGUUCAUCCACCUUUGGAAACAUUUUUUUCCUUUUUACAACCAAAAAGGAAAAAAAGAAUAAGAAGACAUAAAUCACCACAUUUACAUUUUCUGUGCAAAUGCAGAGAUAUUGAGAACAAAACCUUUUCAGACCAGAUUGGACCAGACAUGUUCUGUUAAAAAAAGGUAAUUUUAUGGGGUCUGAUUGGGUUUCCAUUUGUAACCUCAAUGGGACACACAGGGAAACCCCAUUUGAUACCCCAAGAUUUUAUAGACAAUUUUUGACCUACUUGUAAAAAAAAAAAAAAAAAAAGAUGAUUGUUGUUAAUGAAAACACCAGACAGUAGGUGGUAGGUAUGAUCAGCUCAGUGUCAAACAGCUAUCACAUUAAAACCCAGCACUUCCAAGCUCUGUCAGGGUUACCUAGACAAAAAAGAAGAGGAAGGUGUUCUUCAAAAGAUGGUUUGGCCUCCUCAGUCUCCAGACCUUUCUCCAAUUGAGCUUGUGCAGGAUGAAUUGGAUCGAUCGGUCAGAAAAACGCAUCCCACAAAUCAGCAGUCUCUUUUUAAUGAACUUAAGAAAGCUUGGAAUGAAAUCCCUGAAACAUACCUUAAAAAACUUGUGGAACGAAUGCCUGGUAUAUGCCAAGCUGUUGUUAAAGCCAGAGGAGGUUACUUUAAAGAAAGCAAAGUCUAAGCAACAAUAACUCAAAUACCUAAUAAUUAUAGUCAAAAUGUCUUCUGAUAAGUUACUCUUUACACAAUAGUCAUGUUUAUUGUUUUGCAAACUAUGAAACUAUGAUCUUUUUUGUACAAAUCUGAUCUUGCUUCCAAACUUUUGGCCUGUAGUGUAUGUCUGCGUUUUCAUGGAAAACCCCGGCUUGCUGUUGACAAUGGUGGCUGCUGCGUUUCAGAAAUAUCCCAAUCUGGAGAGCGUUUUUAAAAGUAACCGUUUGAGACUGAAUAAAACACCAUUUCUGUUAUCAAAAGAAAACUAUCUUUGUUAUAUCGAGAAAACAAGAUAAUAAGUCGUUAUCACGAGAUAACAGUGCAUAAAAAAAGAAAAAUCCAUGGCCAUUUUCAUCUUCCAUACUGACCACUACAAAGACUGUGCACGUGUGUGUGCUUGUGUACAUGCUGCAGAUUUACUUGGCAGUGUAAUGUGGUCAUUGUGGACAGACUCAUCUUGCAGGAAAUUGCAGUGAUCUGUGUGGCUGUGUCCGGAGGAUGACAAUUCCCAUGCAGACUGCACAGAUCACAGGGGGGUAUCUCCAUAUCAACUGGUGGUACUAAUACAUCAGUCCUCAAUAGAGAGGGAAAUCACCAUUAUAAGAAAAAGCUAUAGCUACUUGAAGGAGUCUUGUGAGCAGAACAUAUACAUUUGACCUUCUCUGUUUCUUUAAAAAAAAAACAAGUCUCAGUUUUAAGGACAUCAUCAGUCUUUGACGCAAUCGAAUCAAUGACUCCCACUGAGGAUUACAAACUGUUCAGAAAGGAGGAUCUAUGAUGGAUGAAAGCCCCUCCCCUCCCCUUUUGUACCCCCACAUCCCCAAGUGUACAGCUUUCAUCUCCCAGCAGAGGUCCUUGGUAUAAGAGCUGGUGACUCAUCCACCAACUUAACGUGCACUCUCCCACUCAGUGUUUCUCUUCCUCUUAACUUUUCAGUCCCACCUCAUCUGUCUGCAAGAAUGGCACUCUCCUCCCAUUAUUCUACCAUUGUCAUACUCAGACAUGCUUCCUUUUAUCAGUCCUCCUCAUUAGAAAAUCUUAGCAGUCAGGCAAACUCACUACAUGAAUCCCUUGCAGACUCUCUCUCUCGCUCUCUCUCUCUCUCUCUCUGUGCAUGUCUGUGUGUGUGUGUUUUUAAAUGUGCGGUUUAUGCAAGUUGCGGCCUGUUAAUGAAUGACUCAUCCAGCCAGCAUCCGAUUUGUCAUUGACAGGUGAAGCAGAUCAUGGAGGAAGCUGUCACCAGGAAAUUUGUUCAUGAAGACAGCAGCCAUAUCGUGUCCUUUUGUGGUGAGUAAACAAAUAAGUGACUAGCACAGCUUUAAUAACCUCUUUGGCAUACGUAAACGAAUAAGAGAACUCAAGUUAGGCAUUAAUUUGAUCUAGCUGAAUCAAACAAGUGUGCCUUUUAGUGACUUGUGGCGUCACCUUCUAUUUGAAUCUCUUGACCAUCAAGCUACUUUUAAUUGCGAACUAUUCUUUGAACUCUGUAGUUUUCACAAAAGCUCAUGUCCAAGUAAAGUCUCGAAUCCAUAAUGUUUAAGUUUGAAUAUUACCCGAGCAACUGACUCGAGUCCAUUUAGAGUCCCAUUACUGAAGAAUUAUUUAAGUAAUUCAAUUAGCUCUUGUGAUGUUGAUCUGAUAGUUCUGAAACCAUAUUGACUAGCUGAGAGUAGAGAAUCUAUUGAAAACUAUCUGUUGUUGUCUAUGAAGUUGAGUUUAAGUUGAAAGCAAAUCUCAUACCAUACAUGACAGGAACUGAUGCUGAACAACAUGGCACAUGAAAAUGCAUGAAACGGAAUAAAUCAAGGGUUUAAAUAAAAAAUAAAAAAAAAAUUUUAAGAAAUUUUACUCCAUUAUUUUCUUUGUUAAGUUAGAAUCUGUAACUUGGCUUUAUUUCUACGUCCUUUUCUUGAUUAAUGAAGCCUUAGUCACGGAUAGGGCUGGGACGAUAUGCUUUUCUCCUGAUUCGAUUUAAAUUGUGAUUCUACGAUAUUGUUGAUUUUCUCAAUUUUUAAGGUCCUUUCACUCCGGGACCGUUUUUUUCGUGCGAUUAUUUCAGACGUCAGUAUUUUUUUUCGAACCCGUAUCCUGUCAAUACAAACAUUCACAUCAGCGACGUUUUCCCGUCCCGCGAUAUUGCGGCAUUUAUUUUUUCGGAUCACGGUCAAUUUUUCUAAAGUUUCACAUACUGUGUGUCCACUUCUGACCAUUUAGAUUGCGUGUUGUUGCAACGUCAGAUUCACCGGUACAUCAAACAUGGUCCACAGGCUGAUUGUUUACGUGUCGGAGAACAGAGUGCUUUUUGAUAAAAGACACAAAUAUUACAAAAAUAACGACCUGAAGGACAACUUGUGGAGAGUCAUAGUGUUGGAUUUCUCAUAUGACGAUAGUUUGUGUGCUUUAACAGUUUGCUAAACGAUAUUGUUUGAUUUUAACUUUCAAUCUGUGCUAAGGUAACUUUCAGCUCCGGGACCUGUUUUUUUCGUGCGAUUAUUUCAGACAUACCAGUAUGUAUUUUCACUGUCUCAAACUCAAUCGCGUUGCUGUCACAGCACCAUUAGGUCUCGGUUGUUACCUUACGUUUAUGGAUUAUAGUUUUAUGUGCUUAAUUGAUACUGGCCCCGACUCAGUACAUGCUAUCAUGACGGACCGCCAUCUCAACACUAGUGUCUAAUCAGAACUGAAAAACAGUCAGUCUUCUUGCUUCCACUUGGGACCGCCCAUAACCAAAACAUUUUCCAGACAGGCAUAAAUGAAUCUAUAAAACAACAAUUCAAUCAUUUUUAAAAAUGGCUUCUACAUGCAGCCAUCUGCAGCUUUCAAGAAUAGAAGAUGACCUACAAACAAAUCAGCGCUGUUUAAAGUUUGCUGAGUUUAAUCAGUUUGCCAGUUCUCCAAGUGGUCAAUAAAAAUCAUCCUUUGUCUUCAUUUCUCCAUGCAGUAUCACUUAUGUGGCCACACUGAGCAAAUACAAUUGAGUUCUUGGUCCUUUUUAUUGAAUUAGUUUUUCAACAACAGGAAUCUUUUUCCAACUGCGGGUCAUAUAUGUCUGCUUUGAUGAGGAAGGAAGUUACAAUAUUAGAAAAAAAGUCAUGGGGCAAUGUACAUUAACAGGCACAUUACCAACAUAGUGUUGUACAAGUAUAUGUUUAUCAUUAGGAGGGAAUAAACAACACUAAAAGGUCUUUAUUUUACCAAAUGUUGUUGUUUUUAUCUUAUUAUUACACUAUUAAAAAAAAGUGAAGAGGUAUUUCUGCGAGAAACACUCUGCCACAUACAGAAAAUCACACUCAUCAUGAAUCUGGCUCAGUCUGGAGCUCCACUUAGUCACUAGAUAUGUUUGUUAUUUCAGUGUGACAAUAUUGGUCUCAGAAAAUGUGAUGUAUUUGUAUGUAUGAGCAGACAAGUAGACCUGCGGCUUAGGCGAUAAAGAGAGAAACUCUCUUGGCACAGAUUCAGAAUAAGUAGAACAAGUAGCUCUAAUAAUCAUCCACCUCUUUCACGCCGAUGGAAAAAUAUGGAGCAGCUUUACAGUCACUAUCGCCCUGUCUGCUAGGCUGCAUGUUGUUCUCAGUGAGCUAUAACUUUGCAUCAUUAUUACACUUAUAUGAGAUGUCAGUGAGUGGAACAUAACGCUGAAAAACAGGCUGAGUCAAAGCGAGUCCGGCAUUCCUGCAGAAAUCAAGAUUAUGUGACUCACAGAAGAUAUUUCUUGCAUUUCUUGCUUCAUGAUUAAAGGAAAGCGCAUUUGGGUUUCCCUAGCGUGAAAAACAUCGGCUGUUUUAUUGAAACAGUAUAAGUUAAUGUUCUCUCACACCAUGUAAUCAGCUUUCAGUUCAUUUCAUUUUAUGACGUUAUGUUUUCCCUCGACAGCUUCUGAAAAUAAUUUGUCAUCUGUACGUUUUUUUUACAGUGUGUUUUGUUUCUUCUGUCUCCAGCUCCAUAUUUUGGGCAUUGCUUGUGCUUUGUUGGUCUUUGUCAGCGCUUGAAUGUCCAUUCAUCAUGAGUUACUUUGGUUUGUGGUUUGUGCAGUAGCCACUAGAUCAUCUGAUUGUUUGUUUUAAUAGCUGCUGGUCUCUUAAGAGAGCAUCCACAACCUCUGUGCAUCUCUGUGUACACGUGGCCAUGCAGGGUAACUCUCCAUCUCACAGUCAGAUAAUGUUGCUGGCCAGCGCCCUCCUCCCUCAUAGUGGCUCUUGUUACUACGUGUCCUCUUUCAGCUUUGCUCUGUUAAAAGAUGAGAGUGAAGGAUGGGGAAAAAAGGCUCAGCCAGCUCAACAGGAAGCAAUUAGCUUCCACCAUCAUGGCUUCUUUGAUGAGCCCAGGCAGCCUAGACAGUCUGAAAUGUAGACCUUGUAAAGGGUUAGUGUGUGUCAAAAGACCACUACUUACUUCAGUUCGAAGGACAUGGGAAGCGGCUCUACAAAGCCGACAACUUCCACUGUUUUAUGGAGAAAUUAAUCCAAAAUUAGCUGAUACACAAAUUGAUCUUCUUAGUUCUCAUUGCUUUGCACCUCCUUCUGUGCAGUCGUAGUAGACUGGUACAAUUAUUGUAAUUUUUAUUUGUCAAUAUAUCAGUUUGGACAUAUGAAAUGCAUAGUCCAAAUCCCCUCUACUUUCACUUAGUAGAAACACUAGAAGUAUUGAUCUAUCAAAAGUUAUUUCAUGUCAGUUACAGUACUCUUCAGGAAAAUGUUACUCUUGACUUUUUUAAGUCAUUAUUCCCCAAAUUAUUUUUUCUGUUGCAGCUCAGUGGUUAAAAUAACUCAAAACCACUGUGCAAAAAACACCAAAAAAUUUUCAAAUAGUUUAUAUUUAAUGAACACUCUCUCCUAUGUAAACCAAGAAUGUAAAACCUUGUUGUAAAUUUAAUUUUAGUUUUUUAUCUGAAUUGUUAUGUUAAAAAAUGGGUGUGGUGUGUUAGCAGCAUCAGACAGGCCAGCUAGACCGGUCAUUUGUUCAGAUAUAUGAAGUGAAUUCAGAGAACCUUUUGCUGCUCAAAAGUAAAUUGGGUAACACUUUAUUUGAUGCCUAUCUCUAUAACGCAUUAUAAAUAUGAGUACGCAUAAGUAAAAAUGCAUUAUAAUCACAUUAUAGUACUGUAUAACUAUAGUUAUAAACACUCAUAAAUGAUCAUAAUGCUUUAUAGCAAUAAUCAACACAUUAUGAAGCAUUUUAUCAUACAUAUAUACUUACAAGGUCAGGUAUUAUAAUGUGUUAUCACUGGUAACAACAGUUGCAUUGCAUUAUCUAUAAUGAUAAUUAAUGAGUGUUUAUAAUGAUAUUUAUACAAGUUUAUAAGCAAAUUAUAACACAUGAUAAAUAUGUAUAAUGCAUUGUCUACGUGGGCAUUGUCAUUGAGUUGUUACUAGUUAUGACACAUUGUAAUACAUAAUAUUGUAAGUCAAGGUAAAAUGCUCUAUAAUGUGUUAUGAUUAUUGCUAUAAAGUAUUAUGAUCCUUUAUGAGUGUUUAUAACUAUAGUUAUACAGUGCUAUAACGUGAUUAUAAUGCAUUAUAAAUAUAUCUAUAAUGCGUUAUAUAGAGAGGCGUCAAAUAAUGUGUUACCGUAAAUUGCAUUAUUGUAUCAUAAGGUGAUGGUGCCAGAGCCUUCUGUGUAUUUUAAUUGGCCUCUAAUUACUGUGUCAUUGCGGAUUUUUUAAGGGAUAAAUUUAGUAACCAACCUAUGAAUCAUUCUGACUGUGACAUUUCAAAUAAUAAGAAAGUCUACAGGUGCUGUCGUGUUAUCCAAAAAGAUCUUAUUGUCUGAGUCCUCAGCCCUGCCUAUAUUAAGACCUCAUGUUAGUGAAUCCGUCUGCCCUGACUGAGUGAAGAGCUGGUCAGCUGUGUCUUGUUUCUUAAUGCACUCAGUUGCCACAGAUACAGAGAGAUUAGAGGUAAUUUAGUGUGUUUUUAUCUCUACCUGGAUGGACUGCACGGCGGACUGAACCGACAGACAUGGUGUUGGUUUUUUUUCUCUCACCACACAUUAAAACCGCUGUUGGGGUGAACAUUUGAUGAGUUUGCAAGCUCAUUCAUCUGGAAGAUUGCAGUUUUAUGCACCAUACCCCUUCCUCCUUUGUGCUUUAUACACACAGCAUGUUGUUUUUCUUCCUUACAGAGAUAAACAAAUUUCCCAUGUGUAAGUCUGCAGCUGCAGGCACUUAGGAAAAAAUUGAGAUUUUUUUCUGUUACUUUGGCGAACAGAAAAAAAAAGUGUGAAGAUUAGGGAGGUGCUUUCUUAACACUUUUGCCUCCUGAGACUGUUGGCAGACACAAUAAGAGAGUAGGGAGGAUGAACUAUAUAUAAAGACCCUUUACUAAGACACUUCGUUCUGACAUUUAACCUCUUGCAUUUAUAAUGAUGUGAGGAAACGCGGUACCGGUGAUAAGAAGCACAACACAGAAACAAAGGGGGGAAAAAUGAAGAUGCAGAGAGGAUAAUGAGGACAUAUUUAGAUUUAUAAUGAAAAGUGAGUGAUGAAGGCUGUGAUUGUCAUUUAAUUGCCUGUGCUGGAGUAAAACCCUGCAAACAUUUAUUAUAUUGGAGGUAAUGACAGAGAGGGCGACAGAUUAACAGAACGGCAGGAGGGAUUCAGGAGAGAGGUCGUGUUUGAAGAAGUGGGGAUGGUGGAAAUAGAGAGACUGCGAUGCUGAUGAGUCGCAGUCAACCCUCCCUCAGCUCAUCUCUCCCUCAGCUCUAUCGCUCCAUCAACAGGGGUUUCUAUGGCAACCCCAGCCCUCCCCGACCCCAUGUGAACAGAGCCACAGGAUUAGUCCAGAAAGAGAACUCAAAUGUCAACACAGCUCAAGGCGCUUCCACGUAGGCCUGAAGGGAAGGAGGGGUGUCUGUUUUCUGCACAGCUCAGCAAUCGGACAAGUGUGUCAUCUUGUCAUCAACCUGCGUGCCCACUCCAGCUCUCUGAAUCAGACUGAUUUAUGAGUGAAUGGAAGUAUAAUAACAAGCGUUUUUAACCUAGCAAAAAGAUUAAAAAAAAAAGCUGAUUGCAAGUAUGGAGGGCAAAAUUAGCUGUUUGAUCAAAUAUGAAUCAAACUGGUUGUAUACUUCACUACUGAGUCAUAUUCUCAGGCAUGUAGAGAGUUAUCUGUUUCCACAAGCUUUGGAUCUUUUGAAUUAGUAUAGAAAGUGAAUAUACCAGAUAUGCAUUAUCUACAGUUGUAGAUGUUACUUGAUGUCUGACAUGUUGUGUACAAACUUAUAGUUUAUGUUAAAUGUUUGCUAUUGUACCCAAAACUCCCUUGAGACCCUUAUAAGUAUUAAGUGGAUUAUCCUGGUGUGAUACAGGAAGUUGGUUUAUUUGGAUGUAUGAGACAUUAUUAUUUAAGACAGAAUUAGCUUUUCAUUUACAACAUGGUGAUUAUCUCUGCCUCGAAAGAUGAGCAAAAUUCAUUCAUGUGUGUAUGUCACAGCCCCAUGUUUGAAGUACAGAAUGUUAAUCCCUCAACUUCAGAGCAGGAGUGAAUUCAUAUUUUACCAAGAGUGAAUGAAUUUCUAUAUCCUUCCUCCUGUGUUAGCUUUUACUAUGCAUCCACCGUGUUAAGGGUCGGUUUUGUCUUAAAUCAGCUGUAAAUUACACUAAAAACAAUUAUCUGUUUUUUUUCCAAUUUGGUUCUCAUCUCUAGGUUACCUUGUUGAAAUAUGAAAAUAUUGCUGAUAAUAGUUUUUGUUGUGGUCCUCUGGGCCUUUCUUUGUCAGUGUACCCCUCAUACAGACGUCUAUACAGAAUUGAAUUCACAUGUCUGGACAUGCCCAACGUUGUUUUUUUGUGCAGGGAAAAAACAGGCAAAAUGAGAAUUUCCUAAAUCUCACAUGAUUGGAAGAGGAUCUGACCAUCAGUGUGGUGCACAUAUGAUUUCAGUUUUUGCUCUAAUAAUUAGAUAUUGAUCUAACCGGGUCAACAGCGACCCUAACACGACAAAUGCCAUAAUUUUAAUAAGAGCAUUUCAUAAUUUAGUUACUUUAAUUUUCUAUUUUUAUUUUGUUGAAAUAGAGGUUCCUGACAAAGUCAAAAAGUCUUGAUGCAAAAAAAGCUAAUUUAAGUGGUUCUUUUAAGCCUUUAAAAUCAAAAAUGGGUCGGUGCAGACCCUAACACAGGAGGCGGGUUAAGCACUAAAAUCAUAGAAUUUCUUGUUUUGUGUGUCUUUGGUUCAAUUUGCUGAGAAUACCAAUAAGCUGAACAUUCUGAGUUUUAAAAUAUGUCUGUACUUUGAGUUUUCACUGUGUUAUCAAGAGGGUUUUUUUCAUUGGAUAUUUGUUUUGUUAUAAGGUGUUAAGUUUGCAAUAUUUUCAUAUGCACAACCGUGUGUUUGUGUCCACGCAGCCGCAGUGGAGGCAUGUGUUUUGCACGGGCUGAAACGACGAGCAGCCGGCUUUCUGCGUAGCAACAAGAUAGCGGCUCUCUUCAUGAAGGUGGGGAAGAGCUUUGCCCCGGCUGAAGAGCUGUGUAGAAAGGCCCAGGAACUGGAGCAGAUCAUCGAGACGAAGUGAGAGUGAAGACAUCGCAGCUCAUCAUCACACAUCACAUCAGACUUCAAAGCUGAUAUCAAAGCCUCGCUCAAAUUCAAUGCAACAUCAACAAACAGCUGUCUGCCCAUUUGAAGGGCUUUUUUUUAUUUAGAAAAGCUUCUAAAUUAUUCAUGAUUAUGAGCUUUUAUGACCCAUGAAUUGCCAUUUACUUAAUUUAGAUGCAGUUUUACUAAAUGGGAUAUAUUCAAAAAAGCUUACAUUUGUUUAGACAAGAACUUGAUUUUAUUUAUUUGCAGAAGAAGUCAAAGCUUGCAAAGUCAAGACAGUCUUCGCAAGAUGCCCCGUCUGCCCAGCCUCAGUCCUCAGGGUGUCAGGAACCUGUGGAUCCGGACUGCUCUCUUUGAGAAGGUGCUGGACAAGAUUGUUCUGUAUCUGGUAGAAAACAGCAGGUAUGAUGACAUAGACCUGGGAUACUCUCUUCCACUGAAAGUGUCAAAAGAUUUCUCUUUAAAUUCCCCUCGCUUGUUUGUCUUCCAGUAAAUACUAUGAGAAAGAGGCUGUUUUAAUGGACCCUGUGGACGGACCGAUUCUUGCCUCUUUGUUAGGUAAUAAUGCAGGUUUUUUAAUGUUGUAGAUUCUCAUGUAGGUCUUUUCUUGUUGUAGAUUAUCCAUGGCUCGUGUUUACAUGAAAAUGCUAGAUCAUGGUAGACUUGGAAACAACAGGAAAAGAAUGAUGAUUUUGGCCUUACUAGGAAUAUUGGACAAAAUAGUAACUUUAAGGCUAAGGAGUCAAAGAUGUUUUUGCAGUGACAGGGACACAACCCUUCACUAAACACAGUUUUAAACACAAACAGUUUGUUUUCGAAAGGCUUGAGCAUGAAGCACUGCUUCUUGAGACUUGAUUUGAAUCACAGUUUUGGUCUGAAGACAGGGAAAAUUGCUAUUUCACAAAAGAAACAUUCUGUGUUUUCAAUAUUUGCUUGACAAAGAUUGCACGCUGUUGUGUGUCAAAUCUAUUCAGACAGAAAAUUGUUCAUUUCACUCUUGAAGAAGCUCUUGAAGAAAAUGGGCAGAGAAAUAUAGCUGUCAAGCAUCAUAAAGCUCCUUGUUGCCUUUAUCGUCACACAAAAGUUGGUGGUCUUUGAUGAUGCAUCUCUGACAGAUAAAAGAAUAUUCUACUUUUGAAUUUGCUUAUUGAUUUUUAAUUAGAUUCCAGGAGAAACCACUAGUUAAGUAAAAACGUUUUAAAGCUUUUGUCUGUAAUUUUUCACCUUCAUUCAUCCAGUGGGACCCUGUGCUUUGGAGUACACAAAGAUGAAGACAGCAGAUCACUUUUGGACGGACCCAUCUGCAGACGAGUUGGUGCAAAGACAUCGCAUCCAUAGUGGCCACAUCAGACAGGAUUCACCCACUAAAAGGCCUGCACUGUGUGUAAGUAAUGAAAUGGGUUAGCAGAGGAUCCUCGUGUGGAAUUCAAGUCGGGCUUCUCUGAACCUGUGACUGUUUCAAAUCAUUUUGCACUGCAGGAGUGAUUUUACCUUUCAAAACCAGGGGUUGCUUCUUGACUUCAUCCCACACCUCUAAAGAGAUGCUCUCCGUCAGAUCAAAGAGGACCUGUUAGGAUAGCAGAGUAAAAUGAAGCACAGCGUGUCCCAGGAGGAAGAACAGAAUGUAUCUAAGACUUUCACAAUUGUUUACUCUUCAGGUUAUCACUGAACCAGGAUUAACUUGGCCUAUUUUACAGUUUUUAUCAUCCUGUGUAUUAAUGUAUGCCUGUAACAGAGGUAGACUGAUAUCAAAAUCUGGGGAGUGUGCAUUGGUGCACAUGAAUUAAUAUUGCAUUUGGAAAAAGAGAUACACUGUGACAGGCAAGCUGUAAUUCUUUCUGCGAAGACAGUCAUCUCUUUAACACCGGUUUACAAUGUUUGUUAUCUGAUUUGACAUUCUGUGUUUGUGCAGAUCCAGAAGCGGCACUCCAGCAGCAGCAUGGAUGAGCGCCCUUCCCCCUCACCAUCAGCUCGUGAAUAUGUGGAAUCGCUGCAUCAAAACAGCAGGGUGACCCUCCUGUUUGGCAAAAACAAUGUGCUUGUACAACCGGUAACUGUCUGAUUCCUCAUCACUACCCCUCUCCGCGGUCCAUAUACAAUCCUGAAAAUCUCAGUAAUAGAUAAAUAAAAUAUUUGAAGUUUUACAAGUAAUAAAAAAGUUAGAUAACUCUUUACUUGACACAUAUCUCUAUAAUGCAUUAUAAUGCGUUACAAUCACAUUAUAGCACUGUAUAACCAUAGUUAUAAACACUCAUAAAUGAUCAUAAUACUUUAUAGCAAUAAUCAUAACACAUUAUAAAGCAUUUUAUCAUUACUUACAAGGUCAGGGAUUACAAUGUGUUAUAACUGUUAACAACGGUUGCAUUACAUUAUCUACGUGGGCAUUGUCAGUGAGUUGUUAACAGUUAUAACACAUUAUAAUACCUGACCUUGUAAGUCAUAAUAAAAUGCUUUAUAAUGUGUUAUGACUAUUGCUAUAAAGUAUUCUGAUCAUUUAUUAGUGUUUAAAACUAUGGUCAUACAGUGCUAUAAUGUGAUUAUAACACAUUAUACAUAUAUUUAUAAUGCAUUAUUGAGACCGGCGUCAAGUAAAGUGUUACCAAAAGGGUACGCACAUACUGGUAUAAGUUUGCUGAAAUAACAUGUUUUUAAUGGACUGUUUUUUUGUCCUGCUCUAAUGAGCGUGGUCUAGACCUACUCUCUUUCUUUGAAAAGCGUCUUGGGAUGACGACUGUGAAUUGGGGGCUAUAUAAAUAAAAUUUGAUUGAUUGAUUGAUUGACACUUUUGUCACAGCUGCAAUGCACCAUUACAAGUUAAAACUGUGAAUUGAGGGCAAAAUAUUCAUUGUGUUGUCAUACAGUUUUAUACUCUCUGAAUUUUCCUUGUUUAAUAAAACAUACCUCUCCUUACUGUUUCAGAGGGAUGAUAUGGAAGCCAUCCCAGGCUACCUCUCUCUGCAUCAAAAUGCUGACAUCAUGACCCUGAAGUGGACACCCAACCAGCUAAUGAACGGCUCAGUCGGGGACUUGGACUACGAACGCAGGUAAGGAAUUAUUCCUCUGAUUAUCUGUGUGUAUAUUCAAACUCAAAUUCAAAUUCAACUUUAUUUGUAUGGCACUUUUUAGACAAAAAAAUGUUGUUCAAAGUGCCUCACAAUUAAACAAAGUCACAAUUGAACAACAAUAAAACCAGACCCUCCCACCAUGUAAAAGGGGUAAAGGAAGUAAAAUCCUCUAUGGUGGGAAUUAAGAAAUAUAGUAUAGCUGGUAAACCUUUCUGAAUCAAUGUAAUAAGUCUCUUUCAAGACUUGUCAAAACUGCUUUGUUUCUUUUUGUUGACUGUCUGUAUAAUUCUAAAGUAUAACUGAUGAAUGCGGUAUGUGUGAACAUUUUGUGAGUAAGGGGCUCGGAAGGCAAUUGAUCAUAUAAGACGUAUUUUCAGCUCGCAGCAGAUGGUUUACUGGUGAAGUCGCUCGUAGAAAUCUCCCAGACUAACAAACCAUAUUAAGCUCCUUCGCCUCUCCAUGGCUCCUCUCACCAAUAAUUGAUUAUUCCAUUAUCUGUCUCUGCUCCUGCUCCUCUGUGUGAGCACUCGUAACUUCUGUCUUCAUUGGCCAUUAAAUUAAUGAUCCUUGACAUUUGACUCUCACAAAUAAUGUGUAAACAGCCCCGAGGUUGUUUUUUUUCUCCAGUGCGAGCUGUUGGUGCACCUGUUUAUGCAAAGAGCUAUUUGGUUUUGUUGUUUGACUUGAGGUGUAUCUGAUUUGAUGUUUUUUAGUGUUUACUGGGACUAUGCCAUGACAAUCCCCCUUCAGGAGAUAGUUUACUUGCACUGUCAUCAACAAGGUGGGUCCAUAUAAAGCUUCAUUAGCAUGUCUGUUUAGGUUCUCAUUAUUAAUUAUCAUCUUACUCAGAGUUCGUAUUUGUUUUUUUUGUUGGUGUUGUUCAGUGUCUGCAAAUACACAAAAUGACGUCCUGUUUGUCUCUUGUAGUCGACAGUGGGGGGACUGUCGUACUGGUCAGUCAGGAUGGAAUCCAAAGACCUCCACUUCGCUUUCCCAAAGGAGGUCACCUGCUCCAGUUUCUCUCAUGCCUGGAGAAUGGCCUUCUUCCUCACGGCCAGCUUGACCCUCCUCUUUGGUCUCAGAGGGGAAAGGUUAGCUAAGACGGGUUUUUCAUAGAGGUGGCUCCUUUUCUUCAGAUCUAGCGCACAAAUGACUUGUAUGACUUGAAAUUAGAUCUGCCAGAUCUGAUCAAUAAAUCAAUAAAAAACACAUUUAGUGGACUGAUGCAGAUGCUUGGGUUGGAGUGAUACUGAUGAAUGUGUGGCUUUGUGUUCUCUCUACAGCCCUACACAUAAGGUGUUGUCUGUAAUGAAUGGAUAUGAAUAGUGUUAUAUCCGUAGCUAAACCACCCACGCAUGUUCACUCUCUAUUAAUAGGCUUUAGCAUGCAGACAGUCAUUGUCUUUGAUUCAUAUUGAGGGCUUAGCUGGGCUUAAAUGUUGGAGAAUUUUUUUGUUGCCGGCUUUAACUUAAUACCCGUUAUAUUCUCAUUACAGGGAAAGGUGUUUCCUAAGCUGCGGAAGAGGGUUCCUCAGGGAUCUGGAUCCACAGACUCAGUCUCAGAUAAAGAGGAGGACGAGGCCACAGAUUAUGUCUUUCGCAUCCUCUUCCCAAACAGCCAGUCAGAGUUUGGUGAGAUUUCCCCCAGAAUUAUGAGCAGUACCCAACAGCUGCUCUAAAUCAUUGCCCUUUUAUGAAAAUAUUACUCGUUGUUUGUUGCAGUGACCGUAACCCAUCUUCAUCCAACACAUCUGACUCCCUCUCUCCCCUCUCACCUGAGUGGGCAGUUCCCCUCCCUAAUAGGGACUGUGGUUGUACCCAAGAGGUCCUGCACCUGUCCUGAAGAAUCCCCCUCGCUGACAGGAAGCAGCUGUAACACUGUCACAGUCCGGCCCGUCUGUCUGUCUAUCUGUCAGCAUGUCUUGCUUUAAUUCACAGCAUCUAAUAUCCUUCUGCGCCUUUGGCUAACUUUAUUGAUGUGCUGCGUUAUUAAAGCCCCUCCCACCCUGUGCAACCCUGUACCACAACUCUUAUCCCGUAUUACAUUGCUUUAACCUUUUAACAGCCAAUGGCUGGAUAUCAGACUGAUCAAGCUUCUGCUCAAUUCAUCUUUUCUCAGUUUUAAUGUAAUUUGAUAAAACAGCCUCAUGCUUCCAAAUUAUACAUCAAAUCCAUCCUGAUUGUUUUGUUUUCGUCCUUUGUCUGUGCUCUUACAGGAAUCAAGCACAAAUAACUUAUAAUUUGAAGCACUUUCAGCAGAUGAUGAGUGAUUAGUUAUAUUCUGUUGUAUUCUGCUCAUGGGAAAUGUUCUGCUUUGUUGAAAUCAUUCAAGUGAAACUUUAAUUGCCCGCAGAACCCUGAGCGGCAUGAUGCUUUGUUAGUGACAAUGCGGGUUUGUGUGUUUGUGCGUGUGUUUUCGCAGUGAGUCCUCCAGACUUGAUGGAUCAGGGAGCUACAAUGUGGCAUCCCACUCUCAGGAAGACUUCUUGUUCCUCUUGUUCUCAGGGGAGCUUCUCGGAUGGGAUGACACCCAAAGGUUGCAACCAUGAGAGGUGGGAGAUAAAUACUCUUGAGCGCUAGACUGAGUUGUGUUGGAUUGUGACAGGAAUACUGUUGAGGGCUGCAGAGACACGCAAGAAUCAGAAUUAGAAUUAGAAUCUUUAUUGUCCUAAAAGGGAAAUUAAUGUUGCAGCAGGAGCACACAAAGACAGGGUACACGGUGACAUGCAGUAAGAAUAGUCGAAAGGUCAAACAUGAUAAAUAAAAGAAACACCAUAAAUGUACACAAUUUCACUGAGAAAUGUUCAGUCUAGAGUCAAUACCAAAACUGGAAACUAACUGCUUUAAUAAACUCUGAAAAGUGCAAAUAUGGGCAACCUAAGGCCGAAGAAUGACUGCGAUUCCCUCAGCGCCAACCCGAAAAUUCACAAAAGGAAAAAAAAAAGAACCUAGCAAUUACCCAGGAGACAAUCAUGUGACAUUUCGCUUUCUGUAAUAAAAAUGUCUUGAGAAAAUGAGCUGAUAAGCAGCAAGGCAAACACAGUGGAUGAAAGGCAGACGCCCGGGCUAAUUCAUUUAUAAUGGAAGCAGAGUGGUUAGUGUUUGAGUGAUAAAAGCUCAGCCCUACUGCUGUAAUAACCUUUACAAUUCAUAUAGCAAUGAAUUACAUUAUACAGAGGUUUAGAUUAAUGACGAUCCAAUUAAAGAAAAUACAACAUAACCAUGUCCUGUGUGUGUUUUCUCCACCUGCAGGACUCCUCUGAAAUUGCUUUGUGACAACAUGAAGUAUCAGAUCAUCUCUCGGGCGUUUUAUGGCUGUAUGUUAUUGCUUUUGUGUACUCUAAAUAGCUUUAUACAUUAUUCAUGCUUUUAUAUUCACUAUCAAAAUUGCUACUGGCAUCCUUAGGGGCAUUAAUUGAUUAAUUGUGUUGUCUUAUAGGGUUGGCCUACUGCCGUCACCUGUCCACUGUGCGCACACACCUUUCCGCUCUCGUCAAUCAUACUAUUGUGGCCCCUGACGCGCCAUCUGAUGCCUUCAAAGGCCUGACCACAGACGUGUGGCAGACGUUUCUUCAGGACUGCACAGUAAGCAUCGCUUGUCUCACAGCUCUGUAGCACAAACAUCACAUGCUUGUGCUGUUCUAGUUUGUUGGCCACAUGCACACACGCAUGCUCAUACACAUACACAGGCACACACAUAUGUAUCCAGCUUCAAGGCUUUCCCUCUCACGCUGUUGCUGCUCCGUCUCAUUCAUAUUCAUCUCUGCUAAUUAUGCGGCUCACACCAUUAGUCUUGCAAAAGUGUGCAUGAAGCAUGACUAAUGGCCCUGUCAGUCUCUGUGUCCAUAUCAGCAGUUUAUUACGUGCAGCCGCAGAGAGUUUGACCAGAACAGGAAUUGUAAUUGUGGUUUUUUUUUUUCUUUGGAAAGACUUUCAGAAGGUAUUAAAACUAAAUCGAAAAAAAUUUGAGAUACUUGCAUGAGCCAUUUUAUCUAUACUAUUUUUGGGGUUUUGUUUUGUUGCUCGCACAAUCACCACAAGGGGCACUUCAGGUGAAUUGGCAAGUAAAUGCUACAAAGGGACACAGGUGAAGCAGUGAUCUGGGGAACAGGAAGAACACACGGUUUUUACCGCUAAUCUAUGACACCAUUCUCCCCCUCAUCAUGAACAUCACCAUCAUAGUAAGUUAGACGUAUUUGUCUUUUUUUGUUUGUUUUUAAUUUAAUCAAUAAAAAUCAGGUCAGCAUAGUCACUAUAAUACUUAAAAAUCAUAAUCCAGUAAAAGAUUUCCUUACUGCAAGUUUUAAAAAAGCAGGAAAACUGUCUGCAUCCCCAGAGGCAAAAAAGCACAAAGCAAAGUGGGAACAAAAACUACCUGUCAAAAUUUCACAGGAGCGUUGGUUGUUCAAAACAAAGAGCAUCCACAGAAGUGAGGCUGGAGAGAAGUGAGAGUUAGCUCAGGUAUUUUUUCUCCACUCCAAAAUCUAAGUUAUCAAUGUUAGUAACAAAAGCUAUGCUGCAGAGAGAAUGAACACAUGACACCCCCUCAUCUUUUAGAUUAAAAAUAUGUAUAUUUUGGGGAAAGAUAUUUUAAGCUAAGAAUACUUUUGGUUGCUGCAUCUUUAAAAAAAAACAGAUACAGUUUUAAUGGUUAUAAAGCUGUUUUUUUUUUGUUUUUUUUUUUUUUAUAUAUAUAUUUUUAAAUUUUCCAGAAACAAAACAAGAGCAAAUGACAAAAAACAAACAUACAUUUGGCUCACACACACAUUUAGGUUCAAAUUCAUACAGACGAGAGAUUCAGGAGUCAUCCUAUACAAAUAAAAUAAGUAAGUCAAAUAAAAGUCAAAAAAAUCAAGUGUACAUUGCCAUACAUAAUCCGCUCAUAUGUUCAAAGAAAGGUACACAGAGGCAAAAACACUGAUUAAAAAGGACGUCACUUUGGAGGCAGCACGUUUAAAGCUAUGAUACAAACCCUCUUGUAAGAAUGGUAGAAAUAUUUAAACCAACACAUGACAAAAAGGGUUCAUGAAGCUGUUUUGCUUUCGUGUUAUUACAGCAAAGGUAAAAAGUUGAGAUGAUCUCCUCCAUCUGACACUAUGUUGUUUGUUACCUGCACUGACAGACCUCUGAGAGACCCGACAUGGCAAUACUGCUUUGAUUUUCCGUAUGUUUGCACACGAAGAGAUGUCUUUCUUUUGAAACUAAGGGGGAAACACAAGCUCUGUGUAGUAAACAUUUCUGAUGUCUUCAGGCGUACGAGGAGAAGGAGCUGCUUCGCCUCGUCUACUUUGGUGGUGUUGAAGCCUCUCUGCGUAAAGAAGUCUGGCCUUUCCUGCUGGGUCAUUAUCAGUUUGGGAUGUCAGAAGAGGAGAGGAAGGAGGUUUGUCAUUUCAUUGAUCCUUAUCCUACUUGGAGAGUAUUUCCUAUCUUAACUUCUACCCCUCAAUGCCUCUUCAUAGGUCGAUGAACAGGUCCGAGUGUGCUACCAGCAGACCAUGCGCGAGUGGCUCAGCUGCGAGGAGAUUAUCAAGCAGCGGGAGAAGGAGCAGCAUGCUGUAGCAUUAGCGAAGUGCUCCUCUGGAGUGAGCAUGGACAGCUCCACUCAGAAGAUGGUCCACCAUGACUCAACUGUCAGCAAUGAGGUGAAAGAGGAACAUAUUUUGACUUUCACAGACAGAAAAUUUGUGUGCAGAAACAUAUAAGACUGAUAAGGUAAAUAUUUUGUCUUAAAUCAGGUAGUAUGUAGUAUGUUAUACUUUAGAUAUUCAGUUAAAUGAAGUUUAGUUUCAGACACACAGUCAGUACAUGUUCGGUUUCAUUUUCUCUGAAAUAGGCAGUUUAAAAGUGUGUAAGUGUACUCAAUAUCAGUGGUCUCAAGAAGGUAUCAAGUAUAAUGUGAGCACAGACAUAGAUAAAGAUUAAGACUGUAUAUUAAAAAGAAAUGAAUUCAUAUGGUAACAGUUUGCUUGGCCUGCAUGUUUUUAUUACUCAGUCCCAGUCCUCUCAGAGUUCAGACAGGCAGAGUCUGGCUCGCCUGCAGAGCGACUCCAGCAGCAGCACACAGGUAUCAAAACUCUAAACCUGUUACAGCCUGAAUUAUACAUUAUUUGAGAGAUUUUUUUAAGUUGUCUUCCUCUUCUUGCAGCCUCAUAAGCUCCUUUCUCAUACAUUUUGCAGUAUAUGGUUUUAAGUAAAGCAUGUCAUCUCAACUUUUUGUACCGAUAUUCCUCAUCCCUGCACUCUCUCUCCUGCCAGUUCUUCACAACCUCCCAUCCCUUUCCCUGGAGUAGCCUGCUUCCCUUUGGCUUGUUCUUUCAGGUGUUUGAGUCCAUAGAAGAGGUGGACCAGAUUGAAACAGAGCCCAAGAAUGAAGAGGCCAAACAGGUGCCAAAGAUGCCAAAUGGAGCUGUGCAGAACGGGACAAGUUCUCCUGACUCUGGACAUCCCUCUUCCCGCAACUUCUCUGUCACCUCAGGCCUGUCAGAUGGCUCACUUAGUACGGAAGACAGUGCUGCACCUGAUCUGAGUCAAAGAUCUUCAGCUGUCAAAUCUGUAGGGGUUGAGAGUGAGGGUCUAACAGAGGAAACGGACAGCCAAGUGGAAGUUAAAGCUAAGGACACAAAAGAGGAGGAGAAAAGACCUGAAACUGCAGAGAGUACAGCUAGUGAGGAAGCUUGUGAUAUGAAGAUCCAACCCUUGGAAAAAGAGCUUGUGAAGGAUAACAAAGAGAUAAGCAUGCAACCUGAAACACAAGAAGCUGCUGAGGAGCUCAGUGUUGUUAGUAAAGCUGAAGAUAAAGACCUAGAUGCACUAGCAGACUUCAAAGGAGUUCAGUCUUUAGAGUCAGAAGAAACAGAAAAACAAGAAUCCAGUGAGAAUACUUCGGUGUCAGCAGCUGCUACAGAAAUAGUUGUGGAAUUGAAUGAGCAAAGAGAAGGUGCGGAAAACAGUGUUGUGGAAACUUCAAAGAAAACUGCAGAAAUAAAUGAGGACAUUGAUAAGGAAAUGGACCAAUCAGAUUCAAGCAAAACACCAGAGAUUUCUUUAGAAGAAUGCAGAGAAAGUAUGACAGAAUCUUUAGCCUCUGAAGUUGAAAAGAGUCUCAUUUUCCCAGCAGACGCUGAAGUAUCAAGGGCAAGGGAACCUUACAUGAUUCCUCAGAAAGAGGAGGCUCAGGUCAUGACUGACUCUGAUGAGUCUCCAUCAGCCAUAGAGAUGGAGGACAUACCUACGGCCAAAGUUUCCAUGGUGCCUUGGAGCAGGAAGGGGCAUUGUGAAGCGUCGUCAUUUUCUGAGGAUUCAGCCCCUAAUGUGGAGCUCAGGGAAGAGGGGCAGGAAAAACCCAGUCCAGAAGGUACAGAGUCCAUCCUGUCAGAGGAGCCGGAGAUGGAGAGCCUUUACCCUCAGUUUACUCCUAUGGUGGGGUCUGAAAACUCCAAGAGUGAACCAACUCAUCCGGGAUCCUCUGAGAGCACCUUCUCUGUAUGUACAUGUGUUCUCAAAUUUGAUUUUGUCCCUAAUAAACAGUUAUGACAUUUUUAUUUUAUCUAUUCAUUUUUGUUUGUUUUUACAGCAAGAACUUCUGGACUUGUAUACAUUAAAUCUGCACCGCAUUGACAAGGAUGUCCAGCGCUGUGACAGAAACUACUGGUACUUCACUCCUGUCAACCUGGAGAAACUACGCAACAUCAUGUGCAGGUGAAACACUGACAAGGAAACACUGUUUAUAUACAUUGUGAGAGAAUGUUUCUGGCUUACUCAUCAAGAGAGAACUUAAGUUUUAAGAAUUGAUAAUUCAGUGAAAAUUGAAAAACUGAAUAAGUCUGUUAUUACUAUCAAAAAUCUAAUGAAAUGACAAAAACCAACAAUGAGCUGAUCUUAAUGUGACGCCUGUGAUGCCAAAGCUAAUGGAGUGUAUUCCUCAGUGCCUUAGGCUUCCACUGUGAUCCAAAAGAAAGCCCAAGACAUGUCAGUGAGUCACAUGCAGUUUGUGACAUUUCACUAAUUAUGGAGAAAAUGGCCACUAGGAUAUAUUUUGAGUCAAACUCAGAGCCACUUCUAAUUUUUUCAGUCCAUUGCUGUAAAUUCUCCACAAAAAAUAUACACAUUAGUGCAGCACUUUUUAACCCUAGAACACUAUCGCUAAAAUAAGUAACACCAUCAAUAUGGCCGGGUGAUUUUUACCCAAAAUAAUAUACCCAAGAAAAAGUACUUGUCAUCAAAAUAAAUCAAAAUGGGAAAAAAAUGACAAAUUAAAGUAGUUUUCUUUUAUUUUCAACUGUGCAAUGUCCAAAAGGAGGAGGAAAAAGUGCCAUUAGGGGACCAUAUAAAAAUGCAACAAAAUAACUGAAAUUAGGCUUUCAUGAACAAAAAAAUCCUAAUAUAUUUAUAUUUACAUAUAGAAAUUGUAAACUUAGUUUCUUUUCCACCCAUUCCUGGGGCAUGUGAGUCCUUCCUGGUGAAGACUCAGGGUCCAAAAUGUGGCAUAUUUUGAGUGAGUAAAAAUGACCUGCUGACUAGAAUAUUUCUUAUCACCAUAUGAAUUCCCUCAAAAAAAUCACUGCUUUGUGAUAGUUAUUCAUAACCACUGCACUAAAUAAAGAUAGCAUGCAAAUUCCAGGACCACUCUUACUGACCUUAUUCGCCUACAUGCAGCAAUUAAAUUCACCCAAACCUACUUUACCCUCUAACACUAUUUCUGGGUGAAAAUAACCCAAACGCAUGCUUGUGGGAAAAAGCGAGUUUUGGAUCAGGGAAACAAAUAUGCCUUCAAAGAUGUCAAAGGCAAUGCUGAAGCUACCCAGGGACCCUUGAUACUUAGACAAACACAACAUCAUGAAAAUCACGUAAACAUGUUUGGUCGGGUGAAAAUCCACAUUUUUAAAUGUUCGACACAUUUUCAACAUCAGUUACUGUACUGUAUUGUAUCCUAGCUUAUCGUAUUGUGUCAUGUGUUAUCAUGCUAUUGCCAUCCCUAAAACAGUGUCAGUAAAACAAGUGUCCCUCCUCACUUUUAGUACAAACACUUUCUAAAACCAAAACCAACUUUGAUUUCACUUGAGAGAAGCCACAACAUUUAAACAUAAAUCCCUGCUUGAGGUACUCUGGCAACAAUUGCCUUGUUAAAAAAGGAAUAUUAAGUAGAAAAAUCUAUUGUCAGCAUUGAGGCAAGAAGCAACAUGACUUGGACAGCAGUGUGACUCAGAUCAGCAGACAAAACUGAUGGUUAAGUUCACUUGUCUUUGUUGUAUAUUUUCAGCUACAUCUGGAGGCACCUUGACAUCGGUUAUGUGCAGGGCAUGUGCGAUCUGCUGGCUCCUCUCCUCGUCAUUCUGGAUGAUGGUGAGUCAACAUUUCGGAUCACUGUGUAUUUUCUCUCCACUUCGACAUUUGGUGUAUAUUUGAUGGUUAUUUAUGAAACAACAGAAAACAACUCGCCCACUCACUUUCUCACUCCUGCUUCCUCUCUGUGUUUCCUCUUCUCAGAGGCCCUGGCCUUCAGCUGCUUCACCGAGCUCAUGAAGAGGAUGAAUCAGAACUUUCCACACGGAGGAGCUAUGGACACUCACUUUGCCAACAUGCGCUCCUUAAUCCAGGUGACACGGUCGCUGUAAAGUAGCUGUUAUAUAUCCAUGUUAAACCCACAAACAAUCCACUUUCUCACAACCUGUCUCAUAAUGACUUUCUCUGAAUCUUCUCUGAUCCUCUUUCUGUAAAGAUCCUGGAUUCUGAGCUGUUUGAACUAAUGCACCAGAACGGAGACUACACCCACUUCUACUUCUGUUAUCGUUGGUUUCUCCUUGACUUCAAGCGAGGUAAAGGGAUGGCUUGGUGCAAAAGGGUUGUUUGCCAAUUAAAGGAGAAGGAGAUACACUCCUCUUAAGCCUUACAUGUGGAUGAAGUGCCAAACCCCCUGGCAGCUUGUUAACAAGACGUGCACUUACUGGGAUUUAGUCGGCUUUAGAAAUCAGUAUUAUCACUGGAACUCAAGAUUUUGCAUGGGAAAUCACUGAGAUGUGCUCUGACGGCAUCAACAAGUUUAAAUAAUUAUGCUCCCUGUUGCAUGAUUCAAUGAUACACUGUGGUUUUCUGUGAACUUUCUCACUGUGGUAUCUCAGUUUAUCCUCUCUCACACUCGAACAAACACCUGCUCCCACUCUUAUCUUUCUCUGCUAAUAACACGGUUUCCUUCAAGCUCGCCUCCCAUCCCAUCCCUCACACACUGACGCACUUUCACUCCUGCUUCUUUGUGUGUCCUGUCUUCCAGAGUUGGUGUACGAAGAUGUGUUUGCAGUCUGGGAAACAAUCUGGGCAGCUAAGAACGUCUCCUCCAGUCACUUUGUCCUCUUCAUCGCUUUGGCGUUGGUAGAGAUCUACAGGGACAUCAUCCUGGAGAACAACAUGGAUUUCACUGACAUCAUAAAAUUCUUUAAUGGUAAAACAUGUUGCUUUACUGCUGAUGUCUGUACAUAUCCUCUCACCCCUCAAUGCUAAUUUUAGGUAUCCUAGAGGAGCUUUGUUACAACCUUGCAAAAACCUUUAUGAUUUAUUUAUUUAGGAGUACAAUACACAUAAAUUAACUUUGAUUUUCUUUUCUUAAAUAAAAUAAAAGAUUUUUUUAGUUAAAUGUGACACAUUUUUGGUUCCUACACGAGAAGAUGUUAGCUUGAUUGGGAUCUGACAGAGGGGAAUAGCUCUGAAUAGCUUCGUUUGGUUUGUAACCAGGCCACAGAUUUUUGUGCAAUAAUACAAAACUCAAUUCCAUUGAAGUUGGAAAAUUUUGAUAAACGUAAAUAAAAACAGAACACAAUGAUUUGCAAAUCCUUUUCAACCCAUAUUCAAUUGAAUACACUACAAAGACAAGAUAUUUAAUGUUCAAAGUCAUAAACUUUUUUUUUUUUUGCAAAUAAUAAUGAACUUGAGAAUUUCAUGGCUGCAACACGUGCCAAAGUAGUUGGGACAGGGGCAUGUUUACCACUGCGUUACAUCACCUUUCCUUUUAACAACACUCAAUAAACAUUUGGGACCUGAGGAGACUAAUUGUUGAAGCUUUGAAGGUGGAAUUCUUUUCCAUUCCUGCUUGAUGUACAGCUUCAGUUGUUCAACAGUCCGGGGUCUCCGUUGUUGUAUUUUACGCUUCAUAAUGCUCCACACGUUUUCAAUGGGAGACAGGUCUGGACUGCAGGCAGGCCAGUCGAGUACCUUCACUCUUUUACUACAAAGCCACGUUGUUGUAAGGUGCAGAAUGUGGCUUGGCAUUGUCUUGCUGAAAUAAGCAGGGGCGUCCAUGAAAAAGACGUUCCUUUGAUGGCAGCAUAUGUUGCUCCAAAACCUGUAUGUUCCUUUCAGCAUUAAUGUUGCCUUCACAGAUGUGUAAGUUACCCAUGCCUUGGGCACUAAUGCACCCCCAUACCAUCACAGAUGCCGGCUUUUUAACUUCGCGUUGAUAACAGUCCGGAUGGUUCUUUUCCUCUUUGGUCCGGAGGACACGACGUCCACUAUUUUCAAAAACAAUUUGAAAUGUGGACUCGUCAGACCACAGAACACUUUUCCACGUUGCAUCAGUCCAUCUUAGAUGAGCUCGGGCCCAGCUGGAUGUUGAUAAAUGGCUUUCACUUUGUUUAGUAGAGUUUUAAUUUGCACUUAAAGAUGUAACGAUGAACUGUAUUUACUGACAGUGGUUUCUGAAGUGUUCCUGAGCCCAUGUGGUGAUAUCCUUUACACAUUGAUGUUGGUUUUUGAUACUGUGCCGCCUGAGGAAUCGAAGGUCAUGGCAUUCAAUGUUGGUAUCUGGACGUGUCACUUACAUGCAGUGAUUUCUCCAGAUUCUCUGAAACUUUUGAUAAUAUUAUGGACCGUAGAUGUUGAAAUCCCUAAAUUCCUUGCAAUUGUACUUUGAGAAACGUUGUUCUCAAACUGUUCGACUAUUUGCUCAUGCAGUUGUUCACAAAGUGGUGAACCCCGCCCCAUCCUUGCUUGUGAAUGACUGAGAAUUUUUGGGGAAGCUGUUUUUAUACCCAAUCAUGGCACCCACCUGUUCCCAAUUAGCCUGCUCACCCGUGGGAUGUUCCAAAUAAGUGUUUGAUGAGCAUUCCUCAAAUUUCUUAGUAUUUUUUGCCACCUUUCCCAACUUCUUUGUCACGUGUUGCUGCCAUCAAGUUCUAAAGUUAAUGAUUAUUUGCAAAAAAACAAUAAAGUUCAUCAGUUUGAACAUUAAAUAUAUUGUCUUUGUAGUAAAUUCAAUUGAAUAUGGGUUGAAAAGGAUUUGCAAAUCAUUGUAUUCUGUUUAUAUUUACGAUUUACACAUCUUCCCAACUUCAAUGGAAUUGGGUUUUGUAAUUUGCUGGAGUAUACUCUGACCUAAACCGAGCAGAAUCUUGCGUUACUGAUGGAAACAUUUGAGAACAUGCAUACAUAAUAAAGAUCACUGAGUCCAUUAGCUCUGUUUCAAAUUACAAAUAUGCAUUAAACUAACUCAGAGUGGAUGUGCUUUUGUCUUUCAGAAAUGGCUGAACACCACAACAUAAAGCAGAUUUUGACCCAAGCCAGAGAUCUGGUGUGCAAAGUGCAGAUGCUGAUAGAGAACAAGUGAUCACUCUGUUUGUCUUCUUUUCCUUCCAAGUAAUGUGUGAGCAGCUGUAGCAGCAUCAGAGUAAAACACUUAUGAGCACACACAACAUACAGAUGUAACACAAAGCCUUUACAGUCAUAGUUUGCUGCUAUGAGCCUUAUUAACUGUACUUUUAUGUUGUAUGUGUUGUCAACAGCUGUGAGAGAAUAUUUUCCUCGUAAUUCAAAGUAUAUUUCAGUGAAAAACAAAUCUAUCACAAAAGAUGUUUAACUUCUGAAGUGUCAACCUCAAUCUGAGUGCACUUCAUAUUUUAAGAUCAGGAAGUUUAGUUGCACAUUAAAAACCAAAUACAGAGCAGAAAUCACCCUGAGCUAUAUUUAUGAGAAAAAUACAUUGUGAUAAUAGUUUGUGAUACAUAUUAUUUUAAUAGUCAGAGCCUUAAAGUUUAAACAAAGUGUAUAUCAACAAGUUGUACUUUAUCGCGUAAUGAAAGUAAGAAUGUCAAAAAACAGCCUCAUUUAAAGAUGACACCCUGAAAUCAGAUCUAUUUUGACAGAUGACUGAAUGUGAACACUGGCCUGUAGUCUUAGUGAAGAUCCUCUCCUGUUCAAAACACACAUCAGUGAGAAUAAUUUAGCUUUAGCGCCAUGUCAGUGAUUUAGCAAUCCAACAGUGUUUUAAAGUUCUUGAACUGCCUUCUCUGCCAAAUAUUAUGUCUAAUUUGUUUUGUGUGAAUUGUACUGUACUGAGAGAUAAAUGUGUUUAACCUGCAAGGGUUAUAUUGAGUUAACACUUGUAUAAUCAUAUCCUGAUAUUUAAGUGACUUAAGGAUGUCUCAGCUGAGAUUUAUAUAACACGACAAGCCUGUUUUUUCUUUAUGUUGUGACCCACUGUAUAUUAUGUAAAUUGUGCAGUUUACUCACCUUAGUUUUGUCUUGUAAUGUCCAGCACUGUUUGUUAAAUUCAAUGUUAAUUUCAAUUUGAGAAUAGUAGUGAAAAGGGAAGAACAGAGGAGAGUUAUAGGUUCUGUAUCUUAUUUGGAUAUUUAGAGCUUGAGAGUGAUUUGAGAGAGAGAUGAGUCAAGGUUAUAGUUUGACACAUUUUUACAUGGACAGUGCAUGACCUUAUGUUAGGAGGGAAGUUGUUUUGGUGUUUUGGCAGAUUUUUGGCUUGUGAUGACAUACGAUUUUAAAUGUUUCAAACAACUUUAACUGAAACUAAAGUUGGCACUAGUCCCUAGCAUUUAUUCUUGUCAUUCAUUGCCUAAAACUUCAGUCAGUUUGUUGUCGUGUUGCCUAAUGAUUGUGGUAAGAUCAACUGCUUUUAAUAUUUGUGUUUUUGUGUGAACACUUACUGCUGUCUGAAAACCUCUUUUUUUAUUGUAACAUUUGCCAAUUUAUUUAUUUAUUUAUGUAUUUAUUAUUCUUUCUUUCAUAUGCUUUAUUUGUUAAAGCUGAUGUUUUUUUAUUUUGUGGCCAGUUACAAAUGUGUAAUGUAAAACAAUCAAAUUCUAUACUUAGAGUACAUACGUCUAUACACAGUAUAUAUUAAAUGGUAUAUGUUCUUGUAAUAAAAUAAUAAAAUGGAAUCAUCAUUAUUUUUCCAAAA